GCGGCGGGGCUGGCUGCGGAGCAGCGCGGCGGGCAGCAGCCCUCCACCGCUUGCAGCCCCCCGCGGGGUUCGGCGGAGGCGAGGGAAGAGCUGAGCUGGCCCUCUUCCCCCGCCGCUGACGGCCCGGGAGUUUCCGCUGCGGCGCAGAGGCCGUUCUGCAGCCGCCUGGGAAGUGCCUUCACGCUCCCGCCGGGACACCGGGGCCAACGGCCUGAGCUGGGGCCGGCGGGAGCACCGGCAAUCCCAUAAUGGCUCCUUUCAUCGAGAGGCUGUGGCCAGCUUCCAGGGCUGAGUCAGGCCAGGCUGGCUCUGUGGCGUAGGCCCUCCCAUCUGGAGCCUCCUGAGGUUCCCCUCUGUCCCCCGGUGCUCGGCAGGCCAUGGAGGAGGAAGAGGAGGCCAUAGGGUACCUGGAUAAAGUCCUAGAGGAUGAAGAUGACUCUGAGCCGGGAACCCCCACGAGCCCAGGCUCUCCGUUCUUGGCCAGCGAGAAGGGUGAGCGAGAUGCUGGCAAAGGCCUGGAGAUGCGGAAGCUGGUGCUCUCCGGUUUCCUGGCUAGCGAGGAGAUCUACAUCAACCAGCUGGAGGCACUCUUGUUGCCCAUGAAGCCACUCAAGGCCACAGCCACCACAUCGCAGCCUGUCCUCACCCUCCAGCAGAUUGAGACAAUUUUCUACAAGAUCCAGGACAUCUAUGAGAUCCACAAAGAAUUCUAUGACAGCUUGUCCCCGAAGGUGCAGCAGUGGGACAGCAACAUCACCAUGGGCCACCUCUUCCAGAAACUGGCCAGCCAGCUCGGGGUGUACAAGGCCUUUGUGGAUAACUACAAAAUUGCGCUGGAGACAGCAGAGAAAUGCAGCCAGAGCAACUACCAAUUCCAGAAGAUCUCAGAGGAGCUGAAGGUGAAAGGCCCCAAGGACUCGAAGGAGAGCCACACGUCCGUCACCAUGGAGGCGCUGCUGUACAAACCCAUUGAUCGAGUGACACGGAGCACCCUCGUCCUGCACGACCUCCUCAAGCACACCCCUGCUGACCACCCUGACUACCUGCUGCUCCAGGAUGCCCUCCGCAUCUCACAGAACUUCCUCUCCAGCAUCAAUGAGGACAUCGAUCCACGGAGGACAGCAGUCACCACCCCCAAGGGGGAGACCCGGCAGCUGGUCAAGGAUGGCUUCUUGGUGGAGCUGUCGGAGGGCUCACGGAAGCUGCGACAUGUCUUCCUCUUCACUGAUGUCCUGCUGUGCGCCAAGCUGAAGAAGACAGCAGUGGGGAAGCACCAGCAGUAUGACUGCAAGUGGUAUGUGCCCCUGGCUGAUCUGGUGUUCCCAUCACCGGAGGAGUCGGAGCACUGCCCGCAGGUCCAUGUCAUCCCUGAUCACGAGCUGGAGGACAUGAAGAUGAAAAUCUCAGCCAUCAAGAGCGAGGUGCAGAAAGAGAAAGCCAACAAGGGGCAGAGCCGGGCCAUUGAACGCCUCAAAAAGAAGAUGUUUGAGAAUGAAUUCUGGCUGCUUCUGAACUCGCCUGCCAUUCCCUUCCGCAUCCACAACCGCAAUGGCAAGAGCUACUUGUUCCUGCUAUCAUCUGACUAUGAAAGGUCUGAGUGGAGGGAGGCCAUUCAGAAACUGCAGAAAAAGGACCUCCAGGCCUUCGUCCUGAGCUCAGUGGAGCUGCAGGUGCUCACGGGAUCCUGCUUCAAGCUACGCACUGUCCACAACAUCCCAGUCACCAGUAAUAAGGAUGACGACGAGUCCCCCGGGCUCUACGGGUUCCUGCAUGUCAUCGUCCACUCUGCCAAGGGCUUCAAGCAGUCUGCCAACCUUUACUGCACACUGGAAGUGGACUCCUUCGGCUACUUCGUCAGCAAAGCCAAGACCAGGGUUUUCCGGGACACAACUGAGCCGCAGUGGAAUGAGGAGUUUGAGAUUGAGCUGGAGGGCUCCCAGUCCCUGCGGAUCCUGUGCUAUGAGAAAUGCUACGACAAGACCAAGCUCAACAAGGACAACAAUGAAAUCGUGGACAAGAUCAUGGGCAAGGGGCAGAUCCAGCUGGACCCGCAGGCCGUGCAGACCAAGAACUGGCACAUGGACGUGAUUGAGAUGAACGGGAUCAAGGUGGAGUUCUCCAUGAAGUUCACAAGCAGGGACAUGAGCCUGAAGAGGACCCCGUCCAAAAAGCAGACUGGUGUCUUCGGAGUCAAAAUCAGCGUCGUGACGAAGCGCGAGCGCUCCAAGGUGCCUUACAUCGUGCGCCAGUGCGUCGAGGAGGUGGAGAAGAGGGGCAUCGAGGAGGUUGGCAUCUACAGGAUCUCCGGGGUCGCCACAGACAUCCAGGCUUUGAAGGCAGUCUUCGAUGCAAAUAACAAGGACAUCCUUGUGAUGCUGAGUGACAUGGACAUCAAUGCCAUAGCUGGCACGCUGAAGCUGUACUUUCGUGAGCUGCCCGAGCCUCUCCUCACUGACAGGCUCUACCCCGCGUUCAUGGAGGGGAUUGCCCUCUCGGAUCCUGCUGCCAAGGAGAACUGCAUGAUGCACCUUCUCCGCUCACUACCUGACCCCAAUCUCAUCACUUUCCUCUUCCUGCUGGAGCACUUGAAAAGGGUAGCUGAAAAGGAGCCCAUCAAUAAAAUGUCACUCCACAACUUGGCCACAGUCUUUGGGCCAACAUUGCUGAGACCUUCAGAGGGGGAGAGCAAAGGACACCUCACCCUGGCCUCUGACAUCUGGUCGCAUGACGUGAUGGCCCAGGUCCAGGUCCUCCUCUACUACCUGCAGCAUCCUCCCAUCUCCUUCACUGAGCUGAAGCGCAACACACUUUACUUCUCCACGGACGUGUAGCCUGCAGGGGGGAGGCACCAGCUGCGAACACUCCCAGCCUCCCUGCUGGGGGACAUGGACUGGAUCGCUGCCUCCCAGGGAGAACAGCCUGGACCAGGAUGGUGCCGCCUGCAGCUCCUGUACAAUCUCGUACCAGUGGCCUGGUCUUGCCCCAGGCGCCGUGCCCGUCUGUAAAGUAGUUGUCUUAUGUCCCUUCUUGUGUUCAGGAAUUGUUUUUUAUGUAUAUUUGUUCAACCGAAGAGGUAGUGACUGACAAGGGCUGUGGACACAGGCUUCCCCCUUGGCUCGUUUUCUCCUGGAUUCCUUUCUGCCCUCUAACUACAACCAAGCGUCCUCACGUCUUGCCCAGCUCGAAGACUGCAGCGUCCCACGAGUGCCUGUUUCUCUGCCCAGCUCGCCUGCCCCAUGCCUGCAUGUGCAGCACCGGCUCGCUUCAGAGGCUGGGAGCUCCCUGGUGACAGUGACGGCCAGCUCCCUUUUGGCUUGCUGCCUGCGCAAAUGUUGGACCCUGUGCCUGGACCCUGCUCUGCCCUGAGCAAACCUACGACUGUGAGGGCACAGGAGUAGGGUACUGCAUCUUCCUCACCACGUCUCUUCCGGGUGCUUUCAGGCAAGUUCCUCUAUAGCCCUUGCGUGUGCUUUGCCUGUGCGUGUGUAGCAUGGUGGUUACUUCCCCUCGCUGUUUCUUGUCUCCUGAGCAGCGUUUUGGGUUAACCUGCUAUUCCAAGGCUGGAAUGAGAGGUGCUGUGUUGGUCCCGAACCAUAGCAGGCUCAAGGGAAGGCCAGCAGGGCUGGAUCUGCUCCUUCUGGCCCUAGGCUGACCCCAGACCUGUGUUCUAGCCUAUGACCAUCAGGCCACGAAGGUUAAAAAUUUCUUCAACAGGCCCUAGUGAGGAAAGGAAUGGGGUUUAGGCCUUGCUCUUGCCAAGCAAGAGGAUGCGUCCCCGCCAUUUCUGUACGUCCGCAUCUCUGCCUUAGCUGUCUGCACAGGCCGCUCUCCAGCUGAGCACUGCCAAAAGGGUUACAGACUCCUGGCCACCAAACCUGCUGCAGCUUCUUGUUGCAACCCAGUGGAGUGGCCUGCCGUGGCCACCGGAAAGGGAGUUUCUUUACCCUCCUUGGCUGUUCCCUGUUGCCCUGAGCACCAGGCAAAUGGAAACAACCGGCUCUGCCUCAGUGCUAGCUAGGCUGCCAGAGGCAAAUGCUAUUUGUGCUCCAGCUGGCCAGCGACCCAGCCCGAGCACCAGUUCAGGAGGCCCAGAGGAGGGAAAGCCUUUGGAGGCUCUGUUUGCCUUGGCCCUCAGCACUGAAGGCAGAAGUGGUUCUUUUGCUCUUUCUCACAAAGCGAUCGCUGCUGGGUCAGGUAUGCCCAGCUGGGUCAGUUCCAUUUUUAAUUUACAGCGCCAGGUCUUGACCCAAAGGCUGAUGGCUGGAGCUGUCAAGCCAUGUCCCAAGGCAGUACAGCAGCUUGCACGCACUGGCCACCGGGAUCUGCUCUGGCUGCCUGUGCGCUUGGCUCCCAGUAUCUCCCCACCCUCCCAUGCUUACAGGUAGGUGCUGGUACCUGUUGGGACACAAAUCCUUUCGCUCUGUGAGACGAGUCUGUGUUCUUGUGGGGAAAGCCCCCUCCUCAGUUGUCUUGGCCCUGCACUCUCCUGUGCCAAAGGGAGAUGGACCAGAAGUGGCCAAGCGUAUCCCUGCUUGCAGUGGUGUUGCCUUUACUCAUCUGACUAACAGACUGUUCCAGGUAGAGCCCAUCGUGUUCCACCGAUGCACCAGGUGUGUCCCAAGCCCACCUCCCCAGCAAAGGUGGCACCUGCCAGCCCUGCACCAGCAACGCAACUAAAGGAGGGGAGGCCUUUUGGUCCCCUUCUAAAGGGCUCACACUCCAGACCCCACUCCUCGUGACUACCAGCUAAACAGAAGGGAAACAGCAUUGUAGAAAAUAACCGAGUGUCUUUCUUGGCCCUGGACCCAGUAAGGAGGCUCAGUUUUAGAUCUGACUGCACAAGGGAUCCCUGUGUGUGUCUGAUUUGUUACACGUAUCCAAGUCUCUGUCCACGAUAGUGUCGUUCCAGAUGGAGACUCUCUACAGCCAGUUUCCCCCCUGCACGUCAGUGGCUGGAGGCCUGGUCCACACAGCCUUGGCACAACAGGCUGCGGCCGUCCCAGUGACUGGCUUUUGUUUGUCCCUACAGAAAGGAAAGAAGGGGGGAUGGACUCUUGCAGCUACAGGUAGAAUAGAACUGUUAAUUAAUAUUUGACUUUUAAAAGUUGUUAAGGAUAUAUUUUUGUUUGUGUUCUGUUUCAAUUUCUGUAGAUUAUAAACUUUAAAUGGCUGUAAACCACGUGAGGAAAAAAAGUUAAUAAAAAUGCAAAGCCCCAACAUUUGCACAAAA